AUGUACUACCUUAACGGAUCACGUGUGUGUAUGACAGGAUGUCCCAAAGGCUAUUUCGAAGGUUAUAAUAGGUUGUGUGUGGAGUGCCACCAUGAUUGCGACGUCUGUUUUGGACCGUCCAAUACGGACUGCUCGUCUUGUCGCUUUACUCGUCUGGGACGGUCCUGUGUUUCAAAAUGCCCCGUGGGUUAUGUUCGUGACACAUCUGCCACCUGCAUCAAGCCUGACAACUGUCCAGGUUACGUCUUCAAGUCCUCUUGUGUUGAUCAAUGUCCGUCUGGUUUCUAUCCCGCCAACGCUUCUCAUUUGCCGUUUUGUAAGACGUGCAACUCUCAGUGUAAAACGUGUUAUGGACCUGGAACUCACCGCUGCCAUGCGUGUGCGAAAUUCCGGUAUGAUGGCCAUUGUGUAUCAGUUUGUCCAAUGGAAGCACCUGUCAUAUAUAACCAAAAUUGCCUGACUGAAUGUCAAUCCAGUAAUAAUUGUAAGACUGUGUGUGGUGAUCAAUUCGUCUGGAACAGAAAAUGCGUAAAGCAGUGCCCCUCUUCGGAGCCCUAUUCUCUACACGGGAUAUGCGUGACUAAAUGCCCGAAACUCCGCUUCGAAAGGAAAUGCCUGGAAAUAUGCCCCAAAUCUUUGGUAGAGUAUAACGGUGAAUGUAUGAAGACAUGUCCUUCAGGAUACUUCACUGACAAAGCGACUUGUGUGAAGAAAUGCAAACACCUUUCCUUUGGGAUGUCAUGCAGGGACAAAUGUCCACAUAAAGUACCACACGUUAGCGGUAAAUGCGUGUAUCAGUGUCCGGAAACACUCUAUUUCAUAAAUCCCGUGAACAGGCAAUGUACAUCGCAUUGUCCGUAUGUGGUUUUCCAGAACCAAUGCUUGCUCCAUUGUCCUCACGGUUACUUCUGGUCGGGUCAGGUCUGCAUUUUCUGCGAUAAAAUGUGUAGUGGUUGCCAGGGGCCUGUGCCUAAAAACUGCAACACCUGUAGACAUGUUGGUAACAAUGGCGUCUGCGUGCGAGACUGUCCCGAUUACACUGCCAAUAAGACAUGUGUAGCCAAAUGCCCACCGGGAACAUUUGUGGCGGGGCAAAGAAAGACGUGCUUGACGUCCUGUCCAAAUGACUUGCCAUUUUCUUUUCUUCAAGAAUGUUUAGCGUCGUGCCCAGAAAGUUCACCUUACCACGAGGAUGGAAAUCAAGCCUGUCUUGGGGAGUGUCCCAGGGAAACAGUGCACCUCCCGGGACAGACUCUUUGUCUGAGCAGAUGUCCUGAAAAUAUUCCAAUGACAGCGAACCAUCUGUGUGUUAAGGAAUGUCCGCCAGAUCGAAAUUUCACCUAUCAGAAACAAUGUUUACCGAAAUGUCCCCAGUCGACUGUCUUUGAGGCCGACAAGAAUAGUUGUGUCCAUUGUAAUCAGAAGACUUGUGUCUCUAAGUGUCCUUUCUUCACAGUGGAAUUCAGUGGAGAGUGCGUGCGUAAUGAUGGUAUCGUGGGCAUGUGGUUCGUAGUUAUAGUAUCCGGGCUGUUCGCACUUAUUCUGUACAUAAUCGUCUGUCACCCGUCCCGAAAAGGUGUCAAGAGGAACGGACCACCGCUUGUUCAGGAUGAAGAAGAAGCCGGGAAUAAUGUCAUUAAUGACAUUUCUGAGGACACACAUCCAUCGGCUGACGACAGAAGGCCUGUAUUGGCACAUGCAACUCAGGAGAGCAGGAUACAGUCAAGACCCAACCGAACCAGUCAGGGAAUAUCCCGGAUAAAUGAAAUGGAGGAAGUCUGCCAUGAAGAUAUGAUCUGCCAGCCUUCAGCCGAUGAGCGUACUUGCUCAGAUGAUAGGGUUGACAUGAAUGACCUUCGUUUCCAGUCCGCCAGUACGUUUCCAUCGAAUGACUGUACCGAUGUGGUUCACGGAACCGCUGACGCCCUUAUCUAUGGUGCUCCUCGCUUAACAGCCCUUCCGUCAGUGUCAGAACGAGUAAGUCCUUGCAACUCAACCAGUUCUGAAACACACGAAGACCGGAUAUCGGUGAUCGGGCAUAAUGCGGGUCGAUCUCUUAUUCCGAGGCUAUCUCAGAAUAACACCGUGGCCAAACCGAAGUUGGAGACUUCUAUCUGCAACAGAAAACUUGAAUCAUUUGCUACUAAUCCCAUGUACACAGGGUGCACUGAAGCUACCAGGGACAGGAUUUGUGAAAGUAGUUUUAUGUUUCUCCCCGACGAUAUUUCUCGUUCCCAGUCUGACAAAUACAGCCUAGACGACUCCAUAUUGACCACAAACAAUAACACAACAGCGGCAGACAACACAUCACUAGGCCCCUUGGAUUGUACUACAAAUCGACGCUUAAUUUGCAAAGGUUGUAUGAAAGGGAGCGCUGAAGGCGACAGCCCCGUCAGCGGUAACGAGAAUAACCAAAAGUUUGGUCAGGGCCCGUGUCCAUGUAAGAUGCAUGUGGUUUACAACACUGAAGACAUCAUGGAUCUUGUAAACACGGUUCCCCCUGAUCCGACGGGUGAGUCUUUACAGAAUAUUAAUAACAGUGAAGAAACUUUGCUGAAGCAUGUGUAA